AUGAAGGCCUUCGGGGUCGCUACCCUCAUCGCUCUCUCCGCCUUGAUCAACGGAUCUUCCGCACUCUGGUGCGGGUGCUAUAUGAAGGAGCACGGCUUUUGGGGCAUAGACAUCUGGAUCACGGGCGAGGGUAUCAAAGAAGGAGGCUCUUGGUUUGGGUUGACGCAAAGCAACUGGUGUAAUGCACACUGGUAUACUGAAGCGGGUGGCAAAACACUACUCAAUUGCGAGUAUCGUGAUAAACCCACCCCAUUCAUCUUACUUGUCAAUACUCCAUCUGUUUGGAAAAUCUCCCCCUCUCUCGCUGUGUGCCACGUCGGAUCAUGA